AUGUCCGUCCUGAUUCAAUUUCGUGAGUUCCGUGUGGCGGUUUCCGGGGACAUCCGGGAAAUGUAUCAUCAAGUCCGGAUGAGACCUGCGGAUCAGCACUAUCAACGUUUUCUGUGGAAGGAGAAGGUAGCUGACAAAAAUCCCAGCACGUAUGUUAUGCAGGUCAUGUCGUUCGGGGCGUGCUGCUCCCCCAGUACAGCACAGUUUGUUAAAAACGCCCACGCAAGGAAAUUCGAGCACGAAGACCCGGAUGCCGUUCACGCUAUCGUUCACCAGCACUACGUUGAUGACAUGCUGAUCAGUGCAGAAACGGAGGAGAAAGCAGUACAACUAGCAGCUGGGGUAAAAAAAAUACACGAAUCCGGAGGCUUUGAGAUGCGAAACUGGGUCUCAAAUUCACCGGCAGUCGUUGCUGCUUUAGAAGGACAGGAAACUGCGGAAAAAAGCAUGAGCAUUGGAGAAGUAGACACAACCGAGAAAGUUCUUGGGAUGUGGUGGGAUACUACUGCAGAUUGUUUUACGUACAAGCUGUCUACCAGACAUGAUCCCGACCUACUAUCCGGAAAAAAGCGACCGACGAAACGUGAGGUCUUACGCACGUUGAUGAUGGUCUUUGACCCGCUCGGCCUGAUCAGCCACUACGUGAUGUUCCUCCGUAUCCUUUUACAAGAAAUCUGGAGAGCAUCCAUCGACUGGGAUGAGCAAAUCCACGACUCUCAUUUUCAAAAAUGGCUCAAAUGGUUACAGAUCCUACCUCGAGUGGCCGAUAUUAAAAUACCCCGAUGCUUCCGGACUACUACAUCAGUAAAAAAAAGUAACCUCGUUGAAAUUCAUACAUUUGUAGACGCGAGUGAGAAUGGAUUUGCAGCAGUUGUCUACCUACGCUUCCAAGAAGGGAACACAGUUGAAUGCGCACUAGUUGGGGCAAAAACCAGGGUUGCACCACUAAAAUUUCUAUCAAUACCCCGGUCCGAACUACAAGCAGCCGUUAUUGGAGUAAGACUGGCGGAUACAAUUAUGGGGUCGCUCUCUAUAAAGGUCCAGCAACGCUACUUCUGGACAGACUCCAGAGAUGUCAUGUGCUGGCUCUAUUCGGAUCAUCGUCGGUACAGCCAAUACGUCGGAACGCAAAUUAGUGAAAUCCUUGAAACGACCAAUCUACCAGAAUGGCGAUGGGUUCCGACGAAACUAAACCUAGCAGAUGAUGGAACUAAGUGGAAAAGCACUCCGGACCUAAGCAACUCUAGUCGAUGGUUUCGCGGACUCGAUUUUCUAUGGAAAUCAAAAGAAGAGUGGCCACCCAGAUUGCCAACGUUUGGAGCUAUCGACAAAGAGUUACGUCCACACCUGCAACUUCACAUUAAGGUUCCCGAACCGAUUAUCGAUGUAGACAGAUUUAGCCAAUGGAGCGCUCUUAUGAAAACCACAGCAUACGUAUUCAGAGCGAUUAGUAACUUCCAGCGUCCUAUUCACAAUAUUCCCAAAUCCACUGGACCGCUCACACACGACGAGUUAGUCCAGGCCGAGUCCUACUUAUACCAGAUCGCCCAGAGAAGCGUUUACAGCGAGGAGAUUGCUAUUUUGUCCGCAAACCAACCAGAGCAUUUGAAAAACAAAAUAUGCAAAAGCAAUCCGCUUUUUGGUCUUCAUCCGUUCAUAGAUGAGAAGGGGGUCCUAAGGAAUCGCGGGCGAACGAACGCUUGUAAGUUUAUUGAUAGUAGUGUAGCUAAUCCAAUCAUUCUACCCCGAAAACAUAGCGUAACCAAACUUCUGGCGAUGGACGCUCAUCAAAGGUUUCUACAUCAAAAUCACGAGACCAUAAUAAAUGAGGUGAAACAACGCUACUACAUUCCCCGUUUGAAGGUCCUCUACAAGUCAGUACGCAACAGCUGCCAGUUCUACAAAAAUGAACGCGCUCGUCCGCGGGCACCGAUGAUGAGCGACCUACCAGCCUCACGCCUAGCAGCCUACAGCCGCCCUAUCAGCCACAUCGGGGUGGACUACUUCGGUCCAAUGACAGUACGCAUUGGUCGUCGAACGGAGAAACGCUGGGGUGUCCUCGUAACCUGCCUCACCGUACGUGCCAUCCAUUUAGCAGUUGCACAUUCUCUCACAGCUGACUCAUGCAUUAUGGCUCUACGCAACGUAAUCGCCCGGAGAGGAGCACCAAUCACCAUAUAUAGCGACCGUGGUACAAACUUUGUCGGAGCUAACAAGGAACUAAAACCAGCACUCGCCGAGCUGAACCACGAGAAGAUUGUAGCAGAGUUUACCACGCCACACACGAAGUGGAGUUUCAUCCCUCCCCUGUCUCCUCAUAUGGGAGGAGCAUGGGAAAGGCUAAUUCGCACAGUCAAACAAAAUCUGAGUAAGCUGCUUCCAAAUCGUUUGCCAACCGAUGAAAGUCUAAGGAGCACACUCAUAGAAGUAGAAUGCAUCGUGAACUCACGACCUCUGACCGAUAUUCCACUUGAUGAUGAUCAAUCUCCCGUAUUAACACCGAACCACUUCAUCUUUGGAUCAACUGGCAACUAG